AUGGAGCCACUAAAAGAUCCUCUUGGAGAUAGAAUAAUUAAGUCUGUGCCUUUACCUCCUCAUAGACCCUUAACCAUGGCCUAAAUAUACGGUACUAUCUCUAAUCUCAAUUUUACAUUUGGUACAGGUGAUAACAAGGUCCCAGAUUGGAAACUAAUGCUUAAGUAUUUUGUUUCUUGCGGAAGAGUAGAUAAGGAAUCUGCAGUUUAUAUUAUUAAAUAAACUAUUGAGUUGUUCAAAAAGGAACCAAAUAUUGUUAAAGUUCCAGAUCCAGUCAUUUUUGUCGGAGAUAUUCAUGGUUAAUUCUAUGAUCUUAAUAAAAUGCUUGAACUUGUAGGAAAGGUCGGCUAGAUAAAUUUUGUAUUUCUUGGUGAUUACGUAGACAGAGGAAUGUUUUCAUUCGAAGUUAUUGCAACCUUAUAUGCUAUGAAGUUGAAUUAUCCGAACCACAUCACUUUAUUACGUGGAAAUCAUGAAUGCAGAUAGAUGACAGAGAACUUUAACUUCCGAGUAGAGGUAGAGGAGAAAUAUGAUAGCUAGAUCUAUGAACUGAUCAUGGAUUCCUUCGAUGCCUUACCUCUCGCAGCGUUGAUUGACAAUAAGAUACUAGCAGUUCACGGUGGGAUAUCUCCAGAGUUACAAAAAUUCUCAUAGAUUAAUAAGCUUGAUAGAUUCAAAGAAAUUCCCAAAUCUGGACUUUUCACUGAUCUGAUGUGGUCUGAUCCAGUUGAAAACGAGACAGGCUAUUAAGAUGGGGAUUAUAAAAAGAAUAACAAGCGUAAUUGCUCAUUUAUGUUUGGUAGUUAAGCUGCAAAUAAUUUUUUGGAAUCAAAUAACUUGCUUUGUGUCGUGAGAGCACAUGAAGUCUAAAUGACUGGCUACAAAUUACAUCAGUGGAAUGGUCCAGCAGAGUUUCCGGCUGUCAUCACAAUAUUCAGUGCUCCUAAUUAUUGUGACGUCUACAACAAUAAAGCAGCAGUUUUGAGAUUUGAAAACAAUCAAAUAAAGAUUCAACAAUACAACUACACUAAUCAUCCAUUCGUACUUCCAGAUAACAUGGAUGUCUUCACUUGGUCUUUACCAUUCGUUAGUGAGAAGGUUAUAGAAAUCCUAUUUAGUAUUCUUUUAAAGGGAGCCAGGCUCUACGGUCUGGAUACUCAAGAUAUUAAUGUUAUUGAUAUGGAUGUAGGCAAAGUUGAUUCGCUAUCAAAAGUUCAGUUCACGAUAUCAAAGGGUGGGAAGUUCAAGCCUGAUGCAGUUAAACAAAAGCUAGGAUUCAUUGGUAAAAUUAUGAGAAUGCAAACCAAUCUGAGAUAAAACAGAGAACUAUUUGUGUAAUUGAAAGGAAUGUGUCCUGACAAUAAAAUACCCAAAGGCCUGCUCUUAGCUAGCACAGUAGAGAUUAAAGAUGCUCUAGAGCAUUUCAAGAAUGCAAAGGAUAUUGAUUCUAUUAACGAAAGGAGACCAGAAUGA